AUUUUUGACACUAUCCAAAAAGUAAAUGUAUUUGAAUCCUAAAUUACCAAAGCGUAAACAUAUAAUGGGAAACAAAUACUCUGUUAAUUUUACUUCACGUAUAAGAAUAAUUUAAAGACACUGCAAUUGAUUUUUAAACAGGACGUUUUUAAUCGUCAUUCGAUCACGAGGACCAUCAUGCGGAAAUAAUUUGCCUUGCUCACCGCUUGGCUUAGUGCUUUAACUUUCUUAUGAACCCCCUAAGUGUUCAAGUUUGAACUUUUGCUAAAUUACAAUGUCGUCCGAGGAAUUUGAGAAGCUGCACGAAAUCUACAGGUCCUUGUACGAGGAGCUAAAGCUAAUGCCGGAGAGGCUACUGAGGAGCCAUGGAGAGGAGAAAAAGAGCUUGCUGAGAGCCUUCGACGUGAGGAAAGGGGAGGCAGAGGAAGUUCUGCAGGGGAUGGAGGAGGAACUGCGCGACGCACCGGCAUCCUACCGGAAUCCUAUGAGGACCAAGCUGCGUCUGUACCACCGCGACCUCGCCAAGUUGCAGCGAGAUGCCAAGAACUCUGCCCCAUCGCCAUUGGACAGUAGUGGAAGAGGCAUCUAUUCAUCAGAAAACCAACAAAGCACCCGCGAGCAGUCGCAGCGGGCCUUGCUUCUUCAGGGUACAGAGUCGCUGAACAACGCCACCCAGAGCAUCCAGCGCAGUCAACGCAUUGCCGCCGAGACGGAGCAUAUCGGCACAGACAUCAUCCAAGAGCUCGGCGAGCAGCGAGAGCAGCUGGAUCGGACCAGAGAUAGACUGGUGAAUACAGGAGAAAACCUCAGUCGCACACGGAAAAUUCUCCGUUCUAUGUCUCGACGGCUCGUGACAAACAAGCUGCUGCUCGCUGUCAUCAUUCUCAUGGAACUGGCCAUUUUGGGCGGUGUCGUUUACCUCAAGUUUUUUCGGCGAUGAGAGAUGGCGAACGGAGGGGGGCAGUUCGGACCUGCUGACCAAGGGAUACUGAAGAUUCAGCCCAAGAUGAGGAUUUUUAUCCAAAUGAACCAUCAAAUAUGCACUAUUUGAACAAACUUUUAAAACCGAGAAAUCCCUUUGGAAAGAACUGGCAGACAUUUACGGACCACAGAGGAUAUUCACUGACACGAACAUUGUCUAUGGCCGCUCAUAUGUGAAACCGAGGUACUUCAUUCGGCAGUAGUCAAUAUAGGAACUGAUAGCAUGAUGUCUGUUUUCAUUGUUUUUACUUUGCUUAGGUUACUUUUUGCUUAUUGCUUUUUGAUCAAUGUGCAGAAAAAUUGCUGAACAUUUCUAUGCCAAACUGGAAUGGUCUUUUUCUAAUAGCCCCUUUGGACUGGUGCCAUCGCUGGUUAAGAUUAAGAGCAAUAAUUAGUGCAAUUUCAUAGCGCUGAAAAAAAUAGCACUGGCGUGAUUGGUCAAAGACUAUAGCUAUCCUCCAAUUUUCUGCAAUAAGCCGGGGAAAUAAAAUGACAUUCUGAUUUGGUGCUGGUUUUGCUCAUCUUGUAGCAUUCGGGUGUUUGGAAGUGAGCAACCCAACAGCGCUCUAGCACAAAUAGCAGUACACAGUCGGCAAUGGCACUAGUUUGUAUGAAAAGAGCCUGCCUAUUCUUCUGCCUGAAUAUGUUUAGAUUUUUAAAAAGUGGAGGUUCCAAGAUUGAACCCUACAUAAUCAUGAAUUCAUUGACACACCAAAAAAGAAAAAAAAAAUCACUUAAAUGGAAGACCAGAAAAUAAAUUCUUUAAUACGAGAACGUAAAUCCCUGUCAUUUUAGUGACUUUAGUGAAAUAUGAAGUUGUAGCUUGAAGACUUUGAAUCAAAGUUUUUAUAUCAUAGCUAAACUCUCACAUGUAUUAUUCACUCUUCAUUGUAAAUAACAAAAUUGAAUCAUUAGGUAAAUACAGUGACCACAGCUGAACCAAAAGUGCAAACAUGAUUCUAGUUUUUACUACAGCUACCAAAACACUUUCAGUCAGUUUAAUCACACCUUUGAGGCAGACUCCUUUGCUUGUAAACUAAACAAAUAAUAAAUAGCAGGCAUCCAUAUGCCUUUGUACAUAAAAUAGCAAAAUAAGUUAGUAGGCUACGCUGUCUAAAUUAAUGUCUAAGCUUUACAUGGCAAACCUUUUGAGACAGUUAGACAAAUACUUUCCACAGUGAAAUGCAACACAAUGAAGAACGAGAGUGGAGCAAAUACGAUAAUACCCCAGCUUUUUGGAUUCAGUUGUCUUUUGUUUUGCAGUCUUGGACGCAACACUUUGGAAUGCUCACGGGGUGGUGGAAGAAGUCUUAUUAUCUUUUCACUUUGAGCUAUCAGAGGCAGAGCUGCUCUGUGUCAUCUUCUUUUGCUGAGGGGAUCUCAUCAAUGACCCUGUGGGCACCUUCUCUCGUCUGCCCCAGGGACGACGCGAUGACAUCAACGGCCAGCGAGGCGGUGGCUUCCACUGCAGCCCGGGUCGCCCCCACCAUGGGGUUCACUUCCACAAGGUCCAUGACCGAAAGCAGACCUGCACAUCCAUGACCACAGGUUAUGAGGAUUGGACAGCAGAAUGCCGCUAUCUCACACAUUAAAUUCCCGAAGUGCAUAUUUUUAUACCUGACUGGGGAAGCAUCAGUGAUAAAUCCCUAAGGUAGUCCUAUCUACCACCAGGUUGAUCCUUAUGUCCUGGUAUUCCAUCUAUUCUUUUCCUCUAAUACUGUUUUUACUCCAGACUACCACAUCUCUUAAUUUUCUCCUACUUUUAUGGCUAGGCUAGACUAUCUUUUCUAGGAAACGUGUGUCCUGACUCCCAGGCUACUAGUAAGGAUAUCCUAGGUCUAUCCCAAGUAUUCCUCCUGGCUGGACAAGACUGAAGUAACCCGCUGGGAAGGUGUUUUUACAACGUCUAGAGAAGAUACCUGGAAACUUCUCAAGUCCCUUCUGAAUGACUGAUGUCUUACCAAGACUUGGUCUAGCUAUUCUAUUCCACUAAGGAAGGUCCUGAAGCAGCCUGAGCAAAUAUAACUCGUAUAUUUCUAUUUAUUCAUUCAUCUUCUGUAAAGCUUAUCUUCAUGAGCGUCGACGGGCGCUGGGGCCUAUGUCAGUGAUGUAUGGGCAGGAAGUGGUCUACAGCUUGAACUGGUUGACAGCCAAUCGCAGGGAACAUAUAGACGAACAACCUUUCACACAAUAACACCUCUGGAGAAUUUAGGCAGACAUGUUAACCACUCAGCCAUCGUGCCCUCAUUUGUAUUUGUACAUGGAGAAGAGUAAAAGGCAUACCCUUGCUAGCUUCUUGUCAUAGCAUCUUAGACCCUUGCUAGCUAGACUAACCUGAAACACUUCUCCUGGGAGUCAACUGAGUGCUAUUCAGAUUAAAUCUCAGAAAAACUUCAACUGAUUCGAGCUAAUCUUGAGUCCAGACACGGUAGUACCCUGACUUUGUCCAUUACACAAUCCAGAGUUCUGUAGGUCUUUAUACCUGUAUUGUGAACUUCCUCUGUGAUGUAGAUGCCCUCCCUAUAGGUCAAUCCUCCGUUCACCGGUGUUCCCGUAGCAGGAGCCAAAGAUGGAUCGAACACAUCGAUGUCGAAGCUCAAGUGGAUGGGUCUUUCUUUUCUGUUGGUGAAAAUGUAUCAUGUUUUAAAGAAAUUACUUUCAUGAAUUAUUUUAAGUCAAGCUAGUGGCCUUUGCCUGUUACCUUGCCAGCACGUGAUCGAGAGCGACCUCCGUCACCCUCUGGAUGCCAAGUCUGUCGAUAUCCCUCAUGGUGAAGUACUGGAUCCCCAAGUUCUUCAUAAUGUGGCUGUCAAGCACACAAAAUGUGUUUAAUCAAAUAAAAGGGUCAAGUACAGAUACUUGAAAAGUCUACUAAUCAGAGGUUGCGCUAGACUUUUUCGUUGUCUGUCAUUUUGACUGACAGGGUCAUAAAAAUCCGGUCAUAAUCUAUUUUUACCC